AGUCGCUCGCUGCGGCCCGGCUGCCUCGCUCCGGCCCUGGGCGUCCAGCUCCUCGCGAGCAACUUUGCGGCGGGCGGGGAGGCCCGAAGGCGUCGCGGCGCCGCGUGCAGCCCACUCGCGGGCGGGAUGGACCCCAGCGCCCCCUCAGCGAGCCCCUCUGGCCCCCAGCCUCCACCACCGCCGCAGCCCCAGGCCCGCUCGCGGCUCAACGCCACCGCCUCAGUGGAACAGGACAUGAGCGGGGUGCCCCAAGCUCCUAAACCCCAAGGGGGGCCUGGACCAGAUGUAGCAGACACAGCUGGCCCAGCUGUGGCCCCGGCCCCGAGCCCUGGGAGCCGAGAAAGGGUGGACAGAACAGGGCCCGCGAAGGGCGAUGCGGAGAUGCCCUUUGAAGAAGUCCUGGACAAGGCCAAGGCGGGGGAUGCCAAGGCACAGACAGAGGUGGGGAAGCACUACCUGCAGCUGGCCGGCCAUGCGGACGAGGAGCUGAACAACUGCACCGCCGUGGGCUGGCUGAUCCUCGCCGCGAAGCAGGGCCGGCGCGAGGCGGUCAAGCUACUCCGCCGCUGCCUGGCGGACAGGAAAGGCAUCACUUCUGAGAACGAGCAAGAGGUGAGGCAGCUCUCCUCCGAGACCGACCUGGAGCGGGCCGUGCGCAAGGCGGCCCUGGUCAUGUACUGGAAGCUCAACCCCAAGAAGAAGAAGCAGGUGGCCUUGUCAGAGCUGCUGGAGAACGUCGGGCAGGUCAACGAGCACGAUGGAGGAGCACAGCCAGGCCCGGUCCCCAAGUUCCUACAGAAGCAGAGGCGAGUGCUGGAGCGCUUGGUUAGCAGCGAAUCCAAGAGCUACAUAGCGCUGGAUGACUUCGUGGAGAUCACCAAGAAGUAUGCCAAGGGCAUCAUCCCCACCAACCUGUUCCUGCAGGAUGAUGAUGACGACGGGCUGGCGGGCAAGAGCCCCGAGGAUCUGCCCCUGCGCCUGAAGAUGGUCAAGUACCCCCUGCACGCCAUCAUGGAAAUCAAGGAGUACCUGAUCGACAUGGCCUCCCGCGCGGGCAUGCACUGGCUGUCCACCAUCGUCCCCACCCACCACAUCAACGCCCUCAUCUUCUUCUUCAUCAUCAGCAACCUGACCAUCGACUUCUUCGCCCUCUUCAUCCCCCUGGUCGUCUUCUACCUGUCCUUCGUCUCCAUGGUGAUCUGCACCCUCAAGGUGUUCCAGGACAGCAGGGCCUGGGAGAGCUUCCGCACCCUCACCGGCCUGCUCCUGCGCUUCGAGCCCAACCUGGACGUGGAGGAGGCCGAGGUGAACUUCGGCUGGAACCACCUGGAGCCCUACGUGCACUUCCUGCUGUCCGUCUUCUUCGUCAUCUUCUCCUUCCCCAUCGCCUGCAAGGACUUCAUCCCCUGCUCCGAGCUGGCCGUCGUGGCCAUCUUCUUCACGGCCACCAGCUACAUGAGCCUGAGCACCUCGGCCGAGCCCUACACCAGGAGGGCCCUGCUGACGGAGGUGGCCGCCGGCCUGCUGUCCCUGCUGCCCACGCUGCCCUUGGACUGGCGCCUCCUGCAGCUCCUGGGCCGGACCUUCGUCACCGUGCCCCUCGGCCACCUGGUCGUCCUGAACGUCAGCGUCCCCUGCCUGCUCUACGUCUACCUGCUCUACCUCUUCCUCCGCAUGGCGCGGCUGAGGAAUUUCAAGGGCACCUACUGCUACCUGGUGCCCUACCUGGUCUGCUUCAUGUGGUGCGAGCUGUCCGUGGUCAUCCUGCUGGAGUCCACCGGCCUGGGGCUGGUCCGCGCCAGCGUGGGCUACUUCCUCUUCCUGUUCGCCCUCCCGGUCCUCGUGGCCGGCCUGGCGCUCACGGGCCUGGUGCAGCUGGCCCGCUGGUUCCUGUCCCUGGGGCUCACCAAGAUCGCCGUCACCGUGGCCGUGUGCAGCGUCCCGCUGCUGUUCCGCUGGUGGACCAGGGCCAGGUUGUCGGCGGUGGGCGCGGUGAAGUCGCUGACGCGGAGCUCCCUCGUCAAGCUCAUCCUGGUGUGGAUCACCGCCCUGGUGCUCUUCUGCUGGUUUUACGUGUACCGCUCGGAGGGCAUGAAGGUCUACAACUCCACGCUGACGUGGCAGCAGUACGGCUUCCUGUGCGGCCCGCGGGCCUGGAAGGAGACCAACAUGGCCCGCACGCAGAUCCUCUGCAGCCACCUGGAGGGCCACAGGGUCACGUGGACGGGCCGCUUCAAGUACGUCCGCGUGACGGAGAUCGACAACAGCGCCGAGUCGGCCAUCAAUGUGCUCCCGUUCUUCGUGGGCGACUGGCUGCGCUGCCUGUACGGCGAGGCGUACCCGGCCUGCGACGGCGGCGGGGGCGCGCCCACGGCCGAGGAGGAGCUGUGCCGCCUCACGCGCCUGGCCAAGCACCCGUGCCACAUCAAGCGCUUUGACCGCUACAAGUUCGAGAUCACGGUGGGCAUGCCGUACAGCGGCGCCAACGGCGCGCGCAGCCCCGAGGAGGACGACGUCACCAAGGACAUCGUGCUGCGGGCCAGCGGCGAGUUCAAGGACGUGCUGCUCGGCCUGCGCCAGGGCAGCCUCGUCGAGUUCAGCACCGUCCUCGAGGGUCGCCUGGGCAGCAAGUGGCCCGUCUUCGAGCUCAAGGCCAUCAGCUGCCUCAACUGCUUGGCAAAGCUCACACCCGCCCGGCGGCACGUGAAGAUCGAGCGCGACUGGCGCAGCACUGUGCACAGCGCCGUCAAGUUCGCCUUCGACUUCUUCUUCUUCCCGUUCCUGUCGGCGGCGUGAGGGCGCGCCCCGGGCCAGGGGCGGGAGCCGCGCGUGCGUCCCCGCCAGGCACGGGACGCCGCCACCCAGCCAGAGGGCACAGUAGUAACGCCAGGUGUGUGCAUGCGUGCGUGCGCAUGCGCACACGAGUGCAGGUGGGGUGCUGGUCACGUGCAGCCUGCUCCCGCCUCCGUGAACUUCAGCUCCGCCCACUGGGAAUGCGGACGGUAUUGGACGUUGCAUGCAGUCCCGACCCCACCCCCAGCCUUGCAGGGCGAAGCCGGUGGGCCCGGCCACACUAGCACUUCUGGGCUCCGGGAUUCUACGGAUGACAGUCUCCCUCCUUCCCUCCUCCACUUACGAGCCCCACCCCCCGCCCUGUUUACUCUUGGGUUGGAUUUGUUUUUUUAAAGAACCAGACGGCUGCUGUGUAAAUUCAUUCGGCGAUAGGGUUUCGUAUUUAUUUGGUCACUGCUAAGCCUUGACAGCUGUGUGCCGGUCUGGGGCUGACGCAGGGCCGCCUGAGCUCUGUCGCGGAUCAGGGCCCCGCCCGGUUCCCGCGGUCAGCAGCUGGGGGAGGCGGCGGGCGAGUUUGUGAGAGUCCUGUCUAAAUCCACCGGCAUCAGGAAAUGGGGAGAACCUGGGGUGUCCCUUCUUGGUGCUCGGAAAAGCUUGGCCGUGUUCAGCACCGGGAAACAGAAAGUCAAGGUCCUAGAGCAGCCAAAAUAAAGGCAUUUCAUGAAAUCUA